CCCUCUUUUAGCCUCCCGGGGAGGAGGAGGAGUCUCCCGUCCCAGGCUGACUGCGGUUCCAGUCCCCAGGAGCGCGCGGGGCCGGGGUUGCGAGGGCCCGUUUCUCUUCGGUCAGGGUUCGCCGCCCCGACACCCCGCGGACGGAGGGCCCCGCCGUCAGGACCCGGUGACCGUGCCCUGCUUGAUGGUCAUUGUCCUCCAGAACAGGCAUGGAGGAAAUAUCGGCCCAGGAAGCAGCAGGAUCUCCAAGGGUCCAGUUUCAGCCUUUGGAGACCCACUCUGAGGGUGUGUCCCCAGAGCCUCAGUUCGUGCAGGACACCGACAUGGAGCAGGGACUCACUGGGGGAUUUCCAAUUUCCAAGCCUGAUGGGAUCUCCCAGCUGGAACAAGAUCUACAGGUCUUUGAUCUGGAAACUCAGAAUAGAGAAGUCUUAAGAGAUGACUGCUCAGAUGGAGAGACCAGAGAAGAAAACAAGCUGUUGAUUCCUAAGCAGAAAAUUCCAGAAGAAGUACAUUCAUACAAAGUGAGAGUAGGAAGACUCAAAAAGGAUAUUGCCCAAGUUCCUGAGACUAGAGAAGUGUAUAAGACUGAGGACAGAUUAGAAAGGCUUCAGGAAAUCUUAAGGAAAUUUCUGUUCUUGGAGAGAGAGUUUAGGCAAAUAACAAUCAGUAAGAAAACCUUCACCAGUGAGAAGAACAGUGAAUGUAAUGAACCUGAAAAAAGCUUCAGUCUGGACUCGACUCUUGAUGCAGAUCAGAGAGUUCUUAGAAUACAGAACGUUGAUGACAUUGAUAAGUAUGACGUGAGCCUCAAGCAGAAUUCAGCUGGUAAACACGAGCACAUGAAUCUAACCCAGGAUUUUCCCAGUAACGAACAUAAGGAAAGUUUAAUGGAACUCUCCCGCCUUAAUAAAUGUGAGAGCAUUCCUGCCACUGAGAAAUCCUAUAAAUGCGAUGCGUGUGAGAAAAUCUUCCAUCAGAGCUCAGCCCUUUCUAGACAUCAGAGAAUUCAUACUAGAGAGAAACCCUACAAAUGUAAGGAAUGUGAAAAAUCUUUCAGUCAGAGUUCAAGUCUUAGUCGACAUAAAAGAAUACACACUAGAGAGAAACCCUAUAAAUGUGAAGCAUCUGAUAAAUCCUGUGAGGCGUCUGACAAAUCCUGUAGUCAGAGCUCAGACAUAAUUCAGCAUAAGAGGAUUCACACUAGAGCAAAAUCUUAUAAAUGUAGCAAUUGUGAAAGAGUCUUCAGUCGUAGUGUACACCUCACUCAACAUCAGAGAGUUCACAGAGAGAUGCCUUGUAAGUGUACCGUGUGUGGCAGUGACUUCUGUCGUACCUCACACUUAGCUGAACAUCCGAAGGUCCAUUGUGAAGAGAAGUCCUAUGAAUACAACGAAGGUGGGUUGACCUUUAUUAAGCAUCAAGGAAUUCGUCUCAGAGAAAAGCCCUAUACAUGUAAUGAAUGUGGAAAAGACUUCAGAUUGAACUCCCAUCUUAUUCAGCAUCAAAGAAUUCACACAGGAGAGAAACCACAUGAAUGUAAUGAAUGUGGAAAAGCUUUCAGUCAAACCUCAUGCCUUAUUCAGCAUCACAAAAUUCAUAGGAAAGAGAAAUCCUAUGAGUGUGAUGACUAUCAGGAUAAUUUCAACCAUAGCUCAGAUCUUGUCCUGCAACAGGAAGUCCUCAGCAGAGAAAAAGCCUUUGAUUGUGAUGCAUGGGAAAAGAACCUCAGUCAGAGAGCACAGCUUGUCCACCAUCAAGGAGUUCAUACCAAAGAGAAGCCUUACGAAUGUAAUGAACGUGGGGAGACAUUUAGUCAAGUUCAGGCCUCAUUCAGCAUCUGAGAGUUCACACCGGGGAGAAAUCGUGUGUGUCUUGAAUGUGGUAAAGGAUUCGGUCCCAGCCCAACCUUUAUUCAUCAUCGGGGAAUUCACGUCAGAGAGAAACCUUCUGAAUGUGACGGAUGUGGGAAAGCUAUUAGUCCGUGUUGAACUCUUGACAUCUGCAAACCCAUACCAAUGAGAAAACCUACAAAUACAUUGAAGGUGGUAGAUGCUUCAUGCUAUUUUCAUACCUUAGUCACCGUUGGAGAAUUCAUACUGGCAUACAAUUCUAUAAAUGUGAUGCAUGUGAGAAAAUCUUCCAUCAGAGCUCAGCCCUUUCUAGACACCAGAGAAUUCAUACUAGAGAGAAACUCUACAUAUGUAAAGAAUGUGAAAAAUCUUUCAGUCAGAGUUCAAGUCUUAGUCGACAUAAAAGACUACACACUAGAGAGAAACCCUAUAAACGUGAAAAAGCCUUCAGUCAAAGAAAUUACUUUGUGAGCAUCAAAUUCAUUUCAUGCUGAAUACCUAUGAAUGUAAUAAAUGUGUAUGUGUGGGAGGAUUCAGCCGUAUUCCAACCCUCAUUCAGCAAAGAAUUCAAACCCGAGAGAAGUAAUUUGGGUAUAUAGUAAUUGACAAGUCUAGGAGUUCAAGUCUUUUUUUCGUCAUCAGAAUAUCCACACCAGACCGGAAUUCGAUAUAAUGCAAGUGGAAGCAUUUAGCACCAUAUUUCAGGCUUUAUUCAACAUCAAAAUAUUGAAGGGAAAAUUAUUAUUUGCAUAUGAAAUCGUUAAUAUAUAGUCCCAGUCUUUUUCAUUGCAGAAGAAUCUAGUCAGAGGAGUGACUUGGUGAAUGCAGUUCUGUUUUCUCGUGGCAUUCUUUUAUUUAAUAGGUGUUACAUA